AUGCCUUUAUCAAGUGAUCCAGAAGAACCAAUCUUUGAUUUCAGAACCUCAAAUGCAAGAUUUCAACAAAGAUUAUUAGAAGCACAGCAAGUUGCCACUGAGGAACAAAUCCAAGAUGAUAUUGCUCAUUUCUAUUCAAAAACUUGGCCAGAGAAUGCCAAUCCUUUGGAAGCAGAAAAGGCUGAACUAAAGAUUCAAUUGAGACGCAUUAAUGACAAAAAUGAUAUUCUUGAGAAAGAAUUGGAACAACAAAAAGCGCGACGCAUUAAAGAAGCCUCAUUGUCAAAAAUGACUCCAGAAGAGCGAGCAAAGGCUGUAGAAGAAGAGAUUGAAGAACCAAUAGAUGAAGAUGUUGUCUUUGAAUAUAUGCUUUACAUAGGUGGUGCGCCUUUACCGACCAAUCCCGGAGAUAUGUCCGGAAGCGACUUUGUGUCUCCACACGCAGAAUUACGUGAAAAGGCACUGCAAGAUCCAGAGGUUCAAAAGCAGGGUGAAUUUACUCAUCUCCAUUUCAAAGAAACCAACAAUUAUCUCAUUUCUAAUCCAGAUGGCUCAGGAGAGAUACGGCAGUGUAAAUUAAAGGGAACGACCUACGACCAAUGGUUCAAUGUAUCAUUUGAUGUGUAUGAGCCAGAUUUAGUAGUGGACAAUUUUUCAUUUGACUUGGCAAUCGAGACACAAGUUAAUAUUGGCAGUAUACUUCAACAAAUUAAGGAUGAAGGUGACGUUCUCUCCUUUUUCCGAUUGCUGGUACACUAUGGAGAAUUAGAAAACGAGAGAUCAAAGUUCUUUGAUAAACUCAAGGAGAGAAUCACUAAUGGUCCUAUUACACUCGAAGAACUUGGUGUUGAUCAGCUAAAGUUCCUUGGACCAAGAGACGAUGAUCCAGAGCUAAUUUUUUCAUGGAAACUUUUGGCCAAGGAGUCUAACCGUAAUGAUCUUGGAGUCAAUGUAUGUGAAUUGGUUGUACCUGACAUCAGUCUUGAAAUGGAUCCUUCUAAAGCGUGGGAGGAAAAAGAUAGAAUUGAUAUUUUAAAGGAUAUGCCUUUACAUUUUGCUCGACUAGUAGAGACAAAUGGUAUGAUGGUAGCAACAGAGGUGAUGUUAGAAGUUGUCUUUGAUGUGCCUGGAAUAAAUAUUACUUCUACAAGAUAA